AAACACAAAAUUCCCCAUCAUUGAUUUUGUGCGUGUCGUGAAUGCAAAAAUUGUUUUCUCUCAACAAUUCAGUUGAAAGUUUGAUAAAAAAUCCCCCAAAUUAUGUUAAAUCAUCAAACGGAAUGAACCUAAUAAAAAUAAAACGAUGAAUAACAUUAUUACCCAUCACAGUUUCAACGUUUACUCCGUUAACUAAAAAUAGUUUAACAGUAUCUUAGAAACAUCCAGUGCUUAAAGUGUGCCAUCUAAACUAACUUAGAAUAAUAAUUCGUUAAAAUGAGCAAAUACAUGUAUUCAACUGCUAAUUUGUCCGAUAAAGAACUCAAAGAACAAGGAAACCGACUCUUUGGUCUUCGUAAAUAUGAAGAUGCUGUGAAUUGUUAUAGUAAAGCCAUAAUUAAAAAUCCAGAUAUUGCCCAUUACUUCACAAAUCGAGCAUUAUGUUAUUUAAAAUUAUUAAAAUACGAUCAAGCUUGUACAGAUUGUCGCAGGGCGUUAGAUAUGGAUCAAAAUCUGGUAAAAGGACACUUUUUUCUGGGACAAGCUCUCCUUGAAACUGAAAAUUACGACGAAGCGGUUAAACAUUUACAAAGAGCUUUCGAUUUAUCAAAAGAACAGAAAUUAAAUUACGGUGACGAUAUUGCGGCAUUAUUACGCAUGGCUAGGAAGAAACGAUUUACAAUACAAGAGGAAAAAAGGAUUGCUCAAGAGAUUGAAUUGCAAACAUAUCUCAAUAAGUUACUUGUGGAAGACCGUGAUAGACUGAUUAAUAAUCUUAAAGAAGAUAAUUCAUUUACAGAAGAGAAUAUUCACGAAAUUGAAGAAAAAUGUGACAAUUAUCUUACAGAAUUAAAUACUCUUUUUGCAAAAGUUGAAGAAAAACGAAGAAAACGCGACGUGCCAGAUUAUUUAUGUGGAAAAAUUAGUUUUGAAAUCUUACAAGAACCGGUUAUAACCCCCAGUGGGAUUACUUACGAAAAAAAAGACAUUGAAGAACAUUUACAACGCGUGGGCCAUUUCGAUCCGGUUACAAGAGUACAAUUAACACAAGAUCAACUGAUUCCAAACUUUGCAAUGAAAGAAGUCGUCGAUGCCUUCCUCCAAGAUAACGAAUGGGCUUUGGAUUAUUAAUAAUAUUCAUUGCAAGGGGUUGCAAUUGUUAAAAUCGCACUUUUUUUUGUAACAUCAGUGAUACAUUAAGUUUAAAAUCGGUUUUGUGAAUUGUAAUUACGUUAUUUUUUUUUUCUUUUUGGAACCGUUUAUAUACAAAUGUGUUGAUUUAUUCUGAAAUAUACGUUUGGAUUAAAAUUAA